AUAAAAGAGAUAGAUUUAGCCCAUUUAUUAAGUGCUUUUCCUAAAUUGGAGUAUCUGAAUUGUGAGAAUAAUCCUUUAUCGGCUAAGAAUUUAGAUAAUUUAACCAGCGAACAAUUUGGCAAAUUAGUUCAGGGAAUAAAAGAUAAAAAAAUAAGGAUUAAUAUUGCCAAGGGGAAUAAUCAGCAACAGCAAAACGCUCAAUAUCUCCAAAGUCUAAUUCAGCAGGGAAGUUCACCUGUUAAGAAUAAUAAUCAACCUAGCAAUAAUACUCCGCUUUUAGUGGGAGGUUUG